AUGAUUAGAGCACGAUUAAGAUUACUAGGACAAUUUCUUGCUGCUAUAAAGGAAAUUGAUAAUACUAUAGCAGAUUUUAUUUCAAUAUAUAAUCCAAAAAGAUAUGAUUAUUGUGUGAAAGCUGUCAAUAAUCUUGCACAAUUUGAUGAAACAACGUGGACAUAUAAGAUACCUUCUAUAGCAUCUUCUUUAGGAACACUUAUAAAACAAGUUGGACAAAUUUUGAGGAGCAUAUGCAUUAAGAAACAAGAAUUCGACAAUCAAAUUACAGUAGAAAAUUUUUUGAAAUUAUUUGAAGAAGAUUAUCCUAUCAGCAUAAACAUAGUUGUACACGAAACUCAAGGCUGUCGAAUGAGACAAAGAAACAUAGUUUUACCAUCUAUGAAUGAUAUUAAAAUGUUGAAUUCUUAUUUCAAAGAUGAACGUACGAAAGCUUUAAAAAUAUUACAAAACAAUGGAUUUUCAAUUCAAGCUUGGCGUAUUCUAGCUGAAACAACAUUAGUAUCUACCAUGAUAUUUAAUAGAAGACGCGCUGGUGAAUUGGAGCGUAUUUUAAUAGAAAAUUUUAAAAAUCCCGCGGCAAUUUCGAAAGAAGAGGUACCUGAAUUAUAA